GUUCACCUACGAGAUCGCUCCAGUGUUUGUGCUGAUGGAGCAGCUGACCCUGAAGAAAAUGAGAGAGAUGAUCGGUUGGCCCAACGGAGAGGGAGACGGACUCUUUUCACCAGGGGGCGCCAUCUCCAACAUGUACAGUGUGAUGAUCGCACGUUACAAGUAUUUCCCCGAGGUCAAGACCAAGGGCAUGUCUGCCGCUCCACGCCUGGUCCUCUUCACAUCUGAACAUAGCCACUACUCCAUAAAGAAGGCUGGAGCCGCUCUGGGCUUCGGUACUGAGAAUGUGAUCCUGCUGAGCACAGACGAGAGGGGGAGAGUCAUUCCUGCAGAUCUGGAGGCCAAGAUCAUCGACGCUAAACAGAAGGGUUACGUGCCGUUGUUUGUGAAUGCCACAGGUGGUUCGACGGUGUACGGCGCAUUCGACCCCAUCAAUGAGAUCGCCGACAUCUGUGAGAAGUACAAUUUGUGGCUCCAUGUUGAUGGAGCGUGGGGCGGCGGACUCCUGAUGUCCAGGAAACAUCGUCAUAAGCUGAACGGAAUCGAGAGAGCCAACUCUGUCACAUGGAACCCGCACAAGAUGAUGGGCGUGCCUCUGCAGUGCUCUGCCAUCCUGGUCCGAGAGAAG